CGUAGUAUCUCCGCCCAUAGGUGGAGUUUUAAUGCAUUAUGGCGUCAUGAAGGAUGAAAUUAUUUUCAGUAUUCUUAUCUCCUAGUCUGAGCCUCAGGAACUGCAUGUACUUAACCCGUAGCCUCAGACUAAACUGUGGGAUAAUGAAAUCAUUUCUUGUUCAGGAGAUUAUUGUGAGACUUGCUUUACUUCUGGUAUUUUGCUAUCUGGAGACACUGGAGUCUUUUCAUCGGAGCAUACCCCAAGAAGAACUCUGGCGGUACAAGUACCCUCACCACGGGAGCACUGUAUCCACACCAACCCUCUUUUUUGUGUCUGUGUGUCUACCAGCAGCCUUCAUCCUCGCCUGUUACAUCAUAUACAGAGACACAACUGAUCUUAUUCAAGGAACACUAGGGCUUGCUUUGACUAUGGUAUUGAAUGGUGUCAUACUGAAUGUAAUAAAACUAACUGUUGGAAGACCAAGGCCAGAUUUCUUCUAUCGAUGCUUUCUUCACGGUGAGGCAACUCCCGAUCUUCAGUGUAACGGUGACCCUCUUCUCAUAUCUGAGGGAAGAAAAAGUUUCCCUAGUGGACACUCGGGAUGGAUGUUUGCUGGUUUUGGUUACCUGAGUCUCUAUUUGGCGGGAAAGCUUCAUUGUUUUACACUUGAGGGGCGGAGCCAGUCGUGGCGUCUCAUUACGGUAUUAACUCCCCUCAUAUCAGCAGCUGUUGUUGGAAUAUCAAGAAUACAAGACAAUAUGCACCACUGGGAAGAUGUUGCUGUUGGCUCAUUACUAGGUUUCUUAAUGGCAUUCAUUUGCUAUAGACACCAUUUCCCUUCCAUAUUUGACACCUCCUCCUCCUAUCCUUAUCACUAUCAAAGAAUAGACUCCAUUUCUCUACCUAUUAACAGCAGUAGCUCCACUAAUCUACCAACUGGUAUGUUAACGCCGAAUCGAAGCAGUCAUCAAAUGCCACUGAUAUCCAGUAAACUCCAGUUAAGUGAAGAGAAGACACUUUAACGAGAAGAGAUCUACUGCUUUACAUGUAUAGGAGAAUAAGGAACAGAAUUAUUAUUUAUUAAUUUUAUUUAUUCACUCUGUUACUAUUAUUAUUAAUUAGUUCUAUCUAUUUCUUUCCCCUAUUUGCAUUAUUUUUCUAAUUCACAAUUUCUAGUAAGCAUCAAAUAAA